AAAUGUGGUUGCAAUGACUUCUAUGAUAAUUGGGUACUGUAAGGAGGGUAAGGUGGAAGAAGCUAGAGAUUUGUUCGAUGAAAUUCAGUUCAAGGAUGAUGCCUGUUGGAAUGCUAUGCUAACGGGCUAUGCACAAAGUGGCAGGGGAGAGGAAGCACUGGAGCUACAUUUACAAAAGCUCAAGAUUGGUUUACAUCCGGACAACUGGACCCUUGUUUCUGUUCUUAUGGCCUGUUCUACUCUUUCAUUACUGAAGGAUGGAAGACAAGCUCAUCUGCUCAUUAUUAAACACGGCUUCGAAUCAAAUGUUUCCAUAUGUAAUGCUUUGAUUACCAUGUACUGCAGAUGUGGUGCAAUUCUUGACUCUGAAUUAGCUUUCUAGAAAAUUGAUAGUCCAGACCUUGUCUCAUGGAACACCAUUGUUGCUGCAUUUUCUCAGCACGGUCUCUAUGGGAAGGCUAUUGCUUUUUUCAACCAGAUGAGGCUGAGUGGCUUUGAACCAGAUGGCAUAACAUUUCUCAGUAUCUUAUCUGCUUGUGCUCGUGCGGGAAAGGUGAAUGAGAGCACAGAUUUGUUCGAAUCAAUGGUCAAUAGUUAUGGUAUUUCUCCCACGCCUGAGCACUAUGCUUGCUUGGUUGAUGUAUUGAGUCGAGCAGGUCAGUUAGAGAAAGCUUGCAAGAUGAUCCAAGAGAUGCCAUUUAAAGCAGACUUUGGGAUAUGGGGUGCUCUUCUUGCAGGUUCUAGUGUUCAUUCAAACGUCUAGGGGAACUGGCUCCUAAGAAUAUGCUAGAUUGGAUCCUCUGAAUUCUGGGCCUUAUGUCAUAUUGUCCAAUAUGUAUGCAGCUGCCGGAAAAUGGAAUGAUGUUGUUAGAGUAAGGAGUUUGAUGAGAGAGCAUGGAGUCAAGAAGGAAAAGGCAUACAGUUGGACAUAGAUUGGGAAUAAGGUGCACAAUUUCAUUGGAGGGGACAUAUCGCAUCCAGAUGUUGAUGAGAUUUAUUUGGUGCUCAAGAAGAUCAGCCUGCAUAUGGCUGCUGCUUAUAAUUUUGCUGACAUCAGUGAUUUCAUGAACUUUUCUUGUUGACCAUCAGAAGGACACUAUCACAAUUUUUAGAAGUAUGAAGGGUACUGUUUGAUAUGUCUUGUGGACUAGUUGAUGAUUCGGAAAGGCUCAAACGAGCUGCAGACCAAGUCCGAUAGGUGCAAUCAAAAUUCAGGCGGGGAUGCGUCCAUGAAUGUUCUUAUAAACAAAAAGAUGGUCAGAUGAAGCUUCAUCUAUAAGUUAUCUAUCGAUUUUCUUCUCCAGUUCCGGGUUGGAAUGAAGAAACAUUUACAAUGGCAAGACUAAAAGACCAAUUCUUUUAUAUUUCUGUGUAACUAUCACCUUGUUGCCAAUUUGAACACAACAGACUCCAAAGACUACAUGAGCCGCCCAUAGGUUAGUCUUAGAUUGAAAUUGUUUAUAUCUGCAGAAAGGUCAAUAUUGUCAAUCUCCACAGAGUUCUUCCAAACCCGCAAAUAGGCUUAUUUUGUGGAAAACCCGCCAACCUCGGACUUGUUCUCCAAAACCAAUCUAUGUUUGUAGCUAGUCACCUUCUAAAAAUAGAAUAACUCCUGCUGCAACAUUCAUCAGUAUUGCACAUCGAAAUCGAGGCCGAGGUUUUUCUGAUCUGGGUUGUCGAAUUAGGACCAAAGAAACCUUCUUUGGUCAAAUUACGAGACCAUUUCUGCAUCAAAACAAUCACUCAUAAGAUACAAAUAUAUAGAUUGUUGGAGCUUGGACAUGCAGAAAAAAAUGGAGCAAUCUGAAGAGAAAAAUCCCAAGAUCAAGGAGCAAUUGCUUGCAGUAGAAGUAGAGAGAGAUCGAGCCCUUGAUGAACUAAGAGAGAUGAAAAAGAUGGCACAGGAGGCUAACAUGCGGCUUAGUGAAGCAUUGUCAAUUCAUAAUGUCAAAGAGGUGAAUUCUGUGAACGAGUUACUGUCUAAUGCAAAGCUAGAACUGAAAAAUAAAGAGGAGAAUAUAGAGUUGUUGAAAGUUGAAGUUGGAAAGGCCAAAGAAUUGGAGCUCAAACUGGAAGAGAACGUAAAAAAUGCGGAGGCCAACAAGAAGGUUUUACUGUCUGAGAGCAAGGAACGAAUUCAAGAAUUGCAGCAGAAACUGACAGAGUAUGUGAAAACCUCAGAGUCUCAGAGAAAGGCUUUAUUGUCUGAAAAAGAAGACAAAAUUCGGGAAUUGGAACUCAAACUGGCAGAGAACACGGAAACCUCAGAGGCUCACAGGAAGGCUUUAUUGUCCGAAAGUGCAGAACGGAUAAGGAAACUGGAGGUCACGUUGGCAGAGAAUGUUGAAACCAAUGAGGCUCAGUUGAAGGCUUUGUUUUGCCAAAGUGAGGAAAGAAUUCGGGAACUCGAGAUGGAAAUAGACAAAAGAAGGACAUCAGAAGCAAGAACCCUUGAUUCGUUGAUCGCACAAACAAAUCAACUGGAGCAAACCAAGGUUUUACUUGAAGAAUCAAAAUUUGAAAUUGACUCUCUUCAAAAGAAAUUGGAGAGAUGGGAAGAGGAGUCCGUGCAGAGCAGUGAGCUUAGCACAUCUCAUGUUCAGGACAGCCAUGAUACUAAUACUUCCAGCAGGGAUGAUUUAGAGAGUCUCCAGUCCGAGCUUCAGUUGACGAAGGAGAAUCUAGCUGAUAGUCAAAAGAAGGAGCAGAUUGCCUCUUCGAAGGUUGAGAUAUUACAUGAGGAGAUACGUGCACUAAAACACGAGCUGAAGUUGACAUCCAAAGCUGAAGAAAAUGUAAAAAAGGCAAUGGAUGAUUUGGCUAUUGCCCUAAAAGAAGUUGCCACAGAAGCCAAUCAGUUGAAGGCCGCACUGCAGACGACCAAAGCGGAGUUAGAGCAAUCAAGGGCACAAGAAGAGCAUUUGAAUCUGAUGCUAAAGACCAAUGAGGAAGAUUUUAAGUUGGUGUUGGAUGAAGUAAGGAAAGAAGCUGAGAGGCACAAAAACACUGCUGCCAGGUUGAAAAUAGAACAUGAAGAGACGGUUCUGGCAUGGGGUGGGAAGGAAACCUGCUUUGUUGACUGUAUCAGAAGAGCAGAAGAGGACAGACAAGCUACACAGCAGGAGAACUAUAGGUUGCAUGAGCUGCUUCUCACGACAGAUAACAAGGCGAUGCUGUCAAAGGAAGAAAAUAGUAAAUUGCGUGAUAUACUUAAACAGGCAUUGAAUGAAGCAAAUGUUGCCAAAGAAGCUGCAGCCAUAGCUCAACUUGAAAAUGCUCAGCUUAAAGAUAGCCUGGAGGAAAAGGAGGAGGCAUUGAAUAUCCUCACCCAAGAAAACGAAAAUUAUAGGGUGAAUGAAAUUGCUGCUCAUGAAAACAUUAAGGAGUUGAAGCGGUUGCUUAUUGAAUCGUCACAGAAGGAUGGCAAGAAAGAGGAAAAAGAGAAACCGCCGUUAAGGGAUGUAAAAAAGGAGUCCAAGGAUAAAACACCUACAAAGGAGUUGAAGAAGGAGACUAAGGACUCAAAGAAAGAAUUCCGGGACAAAACACCUACAAAGGAGGAUAGUGGCAAGGAUGACAAAGAGAAAACCUCAGAGAAUAAGGAGAAAGAGGCUGGAACCAUACUUGGCAAAGUUUUCAGCUUCAGUCUCAGGGAGCUCAAAGUCUCUCACUCACACGAUGAUGUUGUUCAUGUUGUUCAUCAUGACGACAAUGAUGAUGAGAUUGAAAUAGACGAGGCUCUCAAAGGCUCAAUAUUUGAGGUACAGUCUCCCGGCUCUGCAGUUCAUCACCGUAGAACUUCUUCUGCAUUCACAGAAGAUGGAGAACCCCUCCAUCCGGAGGAUUUUGAUCAUUUAGAUGGGACUCAUGCUGAGAACUCAAGAAAGAAGAAAGCCUUGCUAAGAAGAUUUGGGGAUCUUAUAAAGAGAAGUACUGCUUAUUCCUACACGAAAAAGGAGCCAUCACCGGAUCCCAAACUAUUGCCGGACACAAAGAAGGAGCCUUCACAGGAUCUCAAGAAGGAACCUUCACUGGAUUCCAAGGAGCACUCACAUGAUAUCAAGAAGGAUGCAUUACCAGAGUAGAUAACCUGUAUGUUUUCACUGCAAUUCAAGUUUCUAUAUCAAGUAGUUUAAUCUGAUUUUACUGUAUCCUCAAAAGUAUAUUGUAGCACAUGAAUCCAGUCCUGCUCUAGUUCUAGAGAACGUACUGCACAUAUG